UAAUUAAGUAGGGCCGCAACCUCCGACUGUCCAAUCUUUUGGGUAGUAUAUUUGAGCAAUUAUCAAUCCGCUUUAUCUUGGCUCCGUCGCUCCCUUCCCUUUCCCCAGUAAUAUCAAUCGCGAUGGCUAGAAGGGCGGCUUAUGUGACUCUACUCACAGCAACCAGCUAUUUACCUGGCGUUCUGGUGCUCGAUUGUACCCUUAGAUCUGUGGAAUCUGCGUUCCCUCUUAUUGUCAUGGUCACUCCUACGCUACCCCAAGAUGUUCGGAGUGUUCUGGAGCGAAGGGGAAUUUCCAUUAGGCCUGUUGAAUCGCUGCGCCCUCCAGAGGGAAAGCAUUCACUUUCAACGCAUGACGCAAGAUUCGCUGAUACAUGGACGAAGCUGAGGGCAUUUGAACUGAAGGAAUAUGAACGCGUCGUCCUCAUGGAUGCCGAUAUGAUUGUGAUGCGCAAUAUGGACGAAUUAUUUGACAUCGAUCUCCCAAACAACUGGAUAGCUGCUGCGCAUGUGUGUGCUUGUAACCCACGCAAACUGCCCCACUAUCCUGCUGAUUGGGUUCCCGAGAAUUGCGCAUAUACUCCGUUGAUCCACCCCUCUGGUUUGACUACUCCAGUGCUCAUUACAGAAGCAAGCCCGCGUCCCCACACUCAGCUAAACUCCGGCAUCGUGGUUCUCAAUCCGUCCCUAGCUCUUGCAGAAACUGUCCGCAACCACCUUUACACUUCACCUCUAGUGCCAACUUGGUCAUUCCCAGACCAAGACCUCCUGUCAGAUUUAUUUAGAGGAAAGUGGAAACCUCUUCCAUGGUGUUACAAUGCACUCAAGACAUUGAUGUUAAUUCACAAACCGCUGUGGAGAGACGAGGAGAUCAGAUGCCUUCACUACAUUUUGGCUGACAAGCCUUGGCAAACCAGGGUAUCUGAAGAUGAUACGGGAGAGUACGCAAAGAGUCACAGGUGGUGGUGGCAGAGGCUAGAUCAACUCGGCCAAGAGAUGAAAGGGGAACCAGAGGACUGGAAGCUGGUGCUGGCGAACGUUGCACAGUAACAAUACAAACAGAUACUGACGAUAUUUUAAUGUAGAAUAAGUGGGGGUUCACACGUUCAGGGUCGCCAUGCGACAUGCACUUCAUCGGUCCGGAAUCUUGAAUACAAAAAUUACUUUCUGCAAGACGACUCCAUAAUAUUGA